AUGGGUAACACACCAUCUGGCAUGCCUCCCGCUGAAGGAGGUGCAGGAGGGGACAAGGACAAGAAGGACAAUCAACCACAGAAGAAGAAAUGGGAGCCGCCUCUACCUACUCGUGUCGGAAAGAAGAAGAAACGCGGCCCCUCAGCCGCCUCCAAGCUCCCCGCCGUCUAUCCCACCACACGGUGUCGUCUAAAGCUUCUGAAAAUGGAACGAAUCAAGGACUACCUUUUGCUGGAAGAGGAGUUCAUCGCGAACCAGGAGCGCCUCAAGCCUGACGAGACCAGAGAGGAGAAGAACGAGGAGGAUCGGUCGAAGGUGGACGACCUCCGCGGCAGCCCGAUGGCUGUUGGGACGAUGGAGGAAAUCAUCGACGACGACCACGCAAUUGUCAGCACGGCGUCCGGUCCUGAGUCGUAUGUCUCUAUCAUGUCGUACGUCGACAAGGACCUGCUAGAGCCUGGCUGUCAAGUCCUGCUGCACCACAAGACCCAAUCGAUCGUUGGUGUGCUACAAGACGACACCGACCCUCUUGUCAGCAUCAUGAAACUCGACAAAGCGCCGACGGAGAGCUAUGCGGAUGUCGGUGGUCUUGAGAACCAAAUACAGGAAAUCAAGGAAUCCGUCGAACUACCUCUCACCCACCCCGAACUAUACGAAGAAAUGGGCAUCAAACCGCCGAAAGGGUUCGCGAACCAGACCUCUGCUACUUUCCUACGUGUCGUCGGUUCGGAGCUAAUCCAGAAAUACCUCGGAGACGGCCCCAAGCUCGUGCGAGAGUUGUUCCGCGUAGCGGAAGAGCACGCUCCUAGUAUCGUCUUUAUCGAUGAGAUUGACGCCAUUGGUACGAAACGGUACGACUCAACAUCAGGAGGCGAACGUGAAAUCCAACGGACGAUGCUCGAACUCCUCAACCAGCUAGACGGCUUCGACACGCGCGGCGACGUCAAAGUCAUCAUGGCGACCAACCGGAUCGACUCGCUCGACCCCGCGCUCAUCCGCCCGGGUCGUAUCGACCGUAAAAUCGAGUUCCCCUUACCCGACGUGAAGACGAAGCGGCACAUCUUCCGGCUACAUACCUCGCGGAUGAGCCUGAGCGAGGACGUCGACCUGGAAGAGUUCAUUCUGACGAAGGAUGAUCUGUCGGGGGCUGAUAUCAAGGCGGUGUGCACGGAGGCAGGUCUGCUGGCGCUGAGAGAGCGCCGGAUGCGGGUAACGAAGGCGGACUUCACGACGGCGAGGGAGAAGGUGCUGUACAGGAAGAACGAAGGGACACCCGAAGGCCUGUAUUUGUAG